GAUAAAGCUAAACCGCAUAAAAUGUUAUUUAUAAGCGUAAUAUUUUCAUACUAAUAACAUAAAUUGCCCCAGCCAUUUAGCAAGGAAAAAAAUGAGAAAUUUCCUAUAUUUAUCCACUAUUUUCUUCAUAGUGAUCCUGCAGGUUGUUUCGAGCCAGGACCUCCAACAAUGCAGAGAGAAAAUCAUCAGUCAAAUAUCCGCAGUAAAAUUCGGUCAAUAUCCGAAAUGCUUCGACGCUAGUAAACUGACCCAGCUGAAAAACAACACGGACAUCCUGCACGAGAUGUACAAAACGAUCACCGAAAACUGCAAAUCGCCGACCGCGGAAAACAUUAAAAUGUGCCUGGAACAUUUUAAGAAUUUCCUUCAGUCCAAGUCCGACGAAAUCCAGGCGGUGAUCGUUGGGGCGAUCCAUACAUUUUUCGACGCAUCCAGGGGUUGUGUGGAUAGUUUUGUGGAUAAAGUGGGCAAUCUGGACGAGUGGAUCCAAAGUGGAUGUGAGGGCGAUUUACCAGAGGGCCAGUAACAUGUUUAACAAUACUGUGUUUAAAAAUUAAUAAUAAAAUAACGUUAAAGGUU